GAGCCUAAUGGGGCAGUUGACAUUUAUUUUGCAGAUACAUGCAAAGGUUUGAUCCUGGGUUUGGAUUUACUGGUGGCCCAUAUACAAUUCAGCCCAUGUACGCUCCUGCAAUAAACUACAACACUGAGUUUCCCCAGCUUGGUGCAGCACUUCGGUCUCCCAUUUCUGCUGAAAACCAACCUCGUCCACUUCCUCAACAUUUACCUGGGCCUUGGGCAACAUCAGUGACUCCUGGCAUUGGUUAUGGUCCGGCAGAGAGCAUGAUGCCUCCCCUUUUUAGUCAAAAUCAUGUUAGUGCACGCUCAAGCGCAGCUAUAUAUUUGCAUUCAACGCAGUAUCCUUGUCAGCGUCCUGGAAUGACUUUUAUCCAUCCUCACGAGCAGGUUCACCAACCCUUCUCACAGCCUCAUCAACUGCAACCUGAUGGUUUUGGAUUAGCCCGGCCCCGGUGAGGGGCACGGGCCAUGCCUGCAUCCUGCGACGUACAAUUCAGCAUCUUGAGGGGGAUGCUGAGUGGCAAAAUGUUGCAAAUCGCGGGGUGCAGGCAUGAACAACUGAGACCUGUUGGAGUAGAUUGUUCAGCUUGCAAUAUUUUCCGAAUCCAUCCACCAGUCUCAGUUUUAUGGAGCCUCCUGCAUUGCUGAGGAUGCUCAUAUGUCCUGGCAGUUCCAUUGCAUGGAUGGGCACUCAGCUCUAUUGCCAUGGAAUCAUGACAACGAUGAUGACGACGACAAAUGAAAUCAGCAAGAGUUCAGAGCUGGCAAUAUAAGAAGUUUUAUCGGUUUUAGCCUCAUCAAAGCUCCAAGAAGAAAGACAAUACGGUUAGAGAUUUUGAGUAAAUAGUGUCAACAGGACAUGCAACCUUUAAGCAAUUGGUAGCUUUGGUGCCAGACUGACUGAUAAUACAGAGCUCUGAAUACGGGAUAUUCCUCUGAAGCAAUGUCCAGGAGUGACUCUGCAGAUAAUGUAUUUAAAUGGAAAGUGUUUCCCCUUUUACCGCUUUUCUUGUUUGGACAGAAUAUUCGUUUACUUUGUCUUUUGCUGACUAGUUUGUAACUGAAGCAUUUUGUUUGGUCAGAACUCCUUCGUCGCUCUUCACCAAAAUGAUAAUGAUCACUAUGCCAGUAUUCCCCUGUGGUUGAUA